GUGAGCACAUAGUCGCCGAGAACGUCCGUGAUUGAAGAAUAAGAGAAAAAAACAAAGAAGAAAAUGAAAAACAUAUAAAAGAAGAAAGUAAACAAAAGACGGAAAAGUUUUAGAUAGAAAACAAAAUAGUGAACAAGUAAUAAUAAAAGAUAUUCAUAAAGAAUUAUGAAAAAUUUGAAGCAUAUAAGAAAAUAUUGAAACUAAAUACCCGCAAAACUAGAAGAAGGGAAACAAGUGAAAUUUCAAGUGUUUCAAAUAGAAAGUGAAAAAGUUUGCUAUAAAAACAAGGACUAAACGGAUUUUUUCUAAACGUUUUCUAAACCUCUAAACCCCUCACAUCAAAGGUUAUCUUUAUAAUUAAGCCUUUAUGACUAAAAUGAUUCCGCCGGUACCCACCUCAGCCGUUAUGAUGCCCACGCCUAAGCAAAAGAUCGCCUUUAGCAUUGAGUCGAUCGUUGGCAAUGAUGCCGCACAAAAUCCAAAUUCCAAUACCGUCGGCGGUGGCGGCAAUGGUGGGGAGUUAACCACCCAAUUAAAUGGCAAUACAAGUACAAACAAUAACAGCUCAGAGGACAAUCAUGGCAGCAAUAAUCCCACCUCACCGCCCCAGACUCCACCGGCGAUUUCCUCUAUGCCUGGCCUAACACAUCAUCAUUUGAUGGCCCAACAUCCUCAUAUGGCCCAUCAUUUGUCCAUGGCCCAGCAACAGGCCUUGCAUCAGCAUUUGUUAAUGCAACAUCAGCAAAAUUCCCAAAAACCUGAUAUAACGGAUAUUAUACAACGUCUGCACAAUUCCGCCGCUGCUGCGGUACAUUUAAACUCGAGCAAUAACAAUGGACCAUAUAGUCCUCCAAAUCCUCAGACACGUUUAUCUCCCGAUGUAGAAUCCUCCAACUCUAGUUCGCAGCAUCAACAUCACCUGCCCAAUUUGAAGCGGGAACGUUCCCCGGAUAGAUGUCAAGAUCAAAAUCCCGCCCAACGCCAUCAGCCACCUCAUACACCACCUAAAUCGGUGUCUCCCCCAUCUCAUCCCUCUCCUCCACCUACCUCUCAAGCGCCACAUUCGGCGGCGAAUAGUCAUUUAAAUGCCAGCCCAGUCACACCUCAACAUUAUGGUAAACCUCCCACAGGUGCUGGGGGAUUAACCCCACUCAUGGUACCUGGUAUGCCGCCGGCAAAUAUUGUACGACCUUUUCCCAUGGGCCCACAUGCGCCACCACCACCACCUCCUCAACAGGGAAUGCCAGAUAUCAAAGCUUUGCCCCCGUACAUUAAUGCUCCUCCAGAAUUGCCGCCGCAACAUAAUCCUCAUCUGAUAGCUGCAGCACAAUUUCAAAUGGCCCUGCAGGCUGGUCAUGUCUUGGGCCCAGCAGCAGCCGCAGCUGCAGCAGCUGGUCUACCACCUCAUCCGGGGCCAUUUAUGGCUGGUCCAGGCAUGCCUAGAGAUAGCUAUCCCCUGUAUCCUUGGCUGCUGAGUCGUCAUGGAAGAAUUUUUCCACAUCGGUUUCCAGGAAAUUUCCUUUUGCAACCUUUCCGCAAACCCAAACGCAUACGCACCGCCUUCUCCCCCUCACAGCUGCUAAAACUUGAACAUGCCUUCGAGAACAAUCAAUACGUGGUAGGAGCCGAACGUAAGGCCUUGGCCCAGUCUUUGAAUCUCUCCGAAACUCAAGUGAAAGUAUGGUUCCAAAAUCGACGCACCAAACAUAAACGCAUGCAACAGGAAGAUGGCAAAGAGGGCUCCGAUCGCAAUUCACAAAAUGCCAGCUGUGAUGAGGAUGAUGAUGAACUCAUCGAUAUGGAAAUGGAUGAUUGUGGUUCAGAUGAUGAGCAUGAUUUGGAUGCUAAUCAUUAAAGUCACACUCCUCAAAGGCCAUGAGAAGGAUUUUUGAGUUUGACAAAAUGAAAACCUCCACAUCCAUUGUAUGAAAGUUACAAAAAAAAAA